AACGAGUGUAUACAUGACAUAUUGUCAUGUAGCGCUUUUUUAUCUAUGAUUCCAUUCCAAAGUGCUUCAAACUCAAAUCAACGUUGAGCAGUGUUUCAGAAUUGAGCAGAAUACUUGCUGCUCUGCUACGCCUCGCGACGCCUAGAGCGCUGCGCUCAGCUAGCUCAAUCGUUGUGGACGUGAGGAUUGUGAAGUGUUUAUGUUGAUGGAUUUCUUCAUUUUGAACAUUUUUUAAAAACUUGCUGUCAUAUCCUUUAUAAUGACAACAAUGUUAAAGUUUAAAAACAUAAUUAUUACUGUGUUUUAUAAGAAUAAGUAGAGUGCAACAGGCGUUCUAGGGAGACGUUAAGGUUUCGUGUAAACAGUAAAGAACAUUGUGAAUACAAGAUGCCUAUGGAUUCUGAAUGCGAGUGUGACCUGGUGUCAAAGGAAUGGCUGUUGGCUAAGCUGCGAUCUGACGAGAGGGACAUGAUUUUGAUCGACUGUCGAGGAUCAAAUGAGUAUGCCAUGUCUCAUAUACGAUCCGCCGUGAAUUUCUCCAUCCCAAGUAUAAUGUUGCGGCGGCUUGCGGCAGGGAAGAUAGAGCUUGCGUCGACGGUUCAGUGCAAGGAGUUGAAGGCGAGGAUAACACAUUGUUGUUCUCGGGGCAUGUUCGUACUGUACAGUGAUGGAGCCCCUCGAGACCCUGACUCUGUACAUGGGAUCCUGCUCAGGAGACUUAAACAAGAUGGCGUGCAAGUUGUUUGCCUCGAAGGCGAGUUCAUGGAGUUCCGGCGCGCGUACCCCGAGUGGUGCAGCGAGGCGGGCGCGCCGCACGUGCCGCACCUGCCGCUCAUGGGCCUCAGAUCACUCCGCAUAUCGGGGUCCGGUUGCGAGGAGGCGCUGUCCUCGGGCUCGUCGUCCGAGUGCGAGGAUACGCACACGCAUGCCCACGCGCAGCAGGACUUUCCCAUUGAGAUCCUGCCCAACCUUUACCUUGGCAAUUCAACCAACAGCGAGGACUGCGACGCACUCGCCAGGCACAAUAUUAAAUACGUGCUAAACGUGACGCCGGACCUGCCCAACACGUUCGAGGCGGAGGGCUGCGGCAUCAACUACCUCAAGAUCCCCAUCGCCGAUCACUGGAGCCAAAACCUCGCCGUGCACUUCCCACAGGCUAUUCGAUUCAUAGAGGAGGCGAUGUCAGCGCGGUGCGGCGUGCUGGUGCACUGCGUGGCGGGCGUGUCGCGCUCCGUCACGGUGACGCUGGCGUACCUGAUGCAGCGACACCGGCUCUGCCUGCGCGACGCCUUCGAGCUGGUGCGCAGCCGCAAGACGGACAUCGCACCCAACUUCCACUUCAUGCGGCAGCUGCACUGCUUCGAGCGCGACCUCGGCCUGCACGAGCACAGCGCCAGCCUGAGUAAGAGUCAGAGUGUCGGUGGCAGAGAUACAGUCGAGGAGGCGUCUUAGUUUAGGCGUCGGACGCUAAAGUAGAGAUAAUAUUGGCGGCAUUGCUGCUGCUGAAGAAGGUUGUCUUUCCCUUUGUUAGCACUACGCCCAUAGACACCUUAGCACCUGACAAACGCUUAGACUAGAUCUGACAACUAGAUUGAUCGCUGCGUUCCACAACACUCCCUAGGUUGGGACCCGACCUUAGCCGUAUGCUUGAUUUGUAUGAAUAUAGUUAUAUUAGAAACCAAUAGUAAAGAAGAUAUCCAGUUAUAAGUAAUGUAAAUAGCAUUGUAUUUAGAUUUAAUAUUCUUACACUAAACAGGUUUAUACUGAAAAUGUAAUUGAAGGGCUAUUACUAUUAGCUACUCGGUACAUUUGUCACU